AUGAGCCUCGUCACUUCGAUCGUGAGCCCGAUAGCCACCACGACGCCUAGACCCUCCAUACCUCUCGUUGUCUUCCGAGGUUUCUCGGAAGGGCUGUGUGUCCUUGUGAGACGUAAAGAAUCGAACGAGGAUGAGGAGAAAAGGAGGAGAAAAAACGCGGGGGUUCAAGAACUCAAGCCUGUCAGGGUGGAAGCUCAAUACUGUUUCUGGAACGGCGGUCAACUUAGCGUUUGA